AUGAAGCUCUUCUUUAGAAGCUUUUCAAUCCUAUUUCUAUGCCUCAGCCAUUUGGCGGCGGCUGCAACCGUAUUCUUCCCAAUUACUUUGACAUGGACAAAUCGAACUGUAGCCGGAGUGUCUCGGCCGGUCAUUGCUAUGAAUGGACAGUAUCCCGGUCCCGCACUGAAUAUCAAUCAAGGUGACAAUGUUCAGUUUCUGGUCGAUAACCGGUGUCCAUUUAAUGCUACUGUUCAUUUCCACGGGAUUGAACAACUUGGAACACCUUGGUCUGAUGGUGUUCCAGGAGUCUCUCAGAGAUCAAUCUCGCCCAAUUCAACAUUUCUCUACAGGUGGACGGCAAAUGAUUAUGGAGCAUACUUCUAUCAUGCGCAUCAUCGUGGCUCGCUCGAAGAUGGUCUUUAUGGUCCAAUCUAUAUCACUCCUUCUCCAUCGGUGACGAAGCCAUUUAACCUCAUGACGAACAAUACCAGUCAGCUCAAUGCUAUGAUAACUGCUGAACGGAAUGGCUGUUCUGUGUUGCUUUCAGACUGGCGGCUUCUUACCUCUGAACAGAUCUGGAAUGCGGAGGUGGCUUCUGGUGUUGAUUCCUACUGUGCUAAUGCGUUGCUCAUCAAUGGUCUGGGGUCUGUGACUUGUCUUCCGCGCACUCAGAUUGAUGCUUUGACUACCGACGCUCAACGGCGAGCUCUAGGAAAUGAGAGCUUGACAGACAUGGCAUGUUUCCCACCCAACAUCACAUCUGCACAGGGAAACUUCCCCCACAACUACAGUGCAAUACUGCCGACGAUGUUCUCCGGCUGCACCCCAUCACAUGGACCCCAGCAGAUCUUCAACGUCAACGCAUCCCAGCAGUUCGUAAGCUGGGAUUUGACCAGUGCAUCGGGCGUGCUGCAGCUCACAUUCUCCGUCGACGAACAUGUCAUGUGGGUAUAUGCCAUCGACGGCCGAUACAUCACCCCAGUGCAAGUCAAUGCCCUCACGAUCCCUAACUCAAACCGCUACUCAGUGCUAGUGCCACUCACCCAGCCAAGAGGAGACUACACAGUGCGUCUAGUCAGCGCCAGCGUCCAACAGAUCCUCAAUACAACGGCCAUCCUUCGAUAUCAAGGCACAUCCCAAUUAAACAGGGCCUCCAAUCCCUGGAUAACAAUCAACAACCAAAACGCCACCACUGGAACGGUCUUCCUCAACGAGUCACUCGUCACUCCCUUCCCAGUCCUAGUCCCAUCAACCAACAUCGCCCAGACCUUCUUUCUCAACAUCGACAGGUUCGGCGCUUCAUAUCGUUGGACUCUAGGGAACGGCAGCUACGGUCUCGAACUGGAAGAAUCCCAACCGCUCCUCUUCAACCAGAGCUCCAUCCCAAGCAAUUUGGUCAUCCGAACGGAAAAUAAUACCUGGGUCGAUCUCAUCAUCCAAGGCAACGGCGUCUUCAACUACUCGUCUGUUGCACAGGCUGUCCAGGCUAUCCCUGGCAACUUCAAUUUGCUUACCCCACAGUAUCGUGAUACGUCGAACACUCCGGCUGCGACUCAGGGCCCGACAUGGUUGGCGAUUCGGUAUCAGGUGGUGAACCCGGGCGCUUUCUUGAUGCAUUGUCAUAUUCAGGUUCAUCAGAGUGGUGGCAUGGUGUUGGCUAUGCUGGAUGGGGUUGAUGCCUGGCCUACUAUUCCGCCAAACUAUUUGAAUGGGAAUGGAUUCUAG